CCCUGUGAUCUACUCACUCUACCCCAGCAGAUUGUAUUAUUCUGUAAUCAUCAUCAGUUAAACCUUUUCCAAAAUUGUUUUUGAAAAAUAUACUUUACUUUUAGAGCACUGUGAAUUACAUUUACUAUCCUGAUUAUUUUAUUUUAUUUUUUUUAGCAAAGAGUGAUUGUUUAAGCCUAUUGUGCAUCGAUACCUCCCUAAUCCGAGCCAGAUAGUUCAUGUCUGCCUCAGGGUUUAGCUGUAGUUUUACACAUUAACCCACGACUAAAACUCAUGACACACUGAUUGUGUUGUUCGAUACGCCUCAAAGUACCUUCUCAUUUUGACCUGGUGAGAUGCUGAAACCUGCUUUGGAAUGUUGUUUACAAAGAAUAAGCUGUUUAUGACUGCAUAAAAUCAAGUCCUCUGAAGACUUGGUGGAUGACUCAUGAUUUUUCCUACCCAAAAUUCAACCCGAACACGAGAAUGGAGCAAGUUUUAGGUUAGUAUCAUCUGAAUAUAAAAAAAAAAAACUUCUUGAUUUUACAGACAGACUCAACAUUUAAAGUAAUUGUUUAAUUUGACCAAUAUUUUAGAGUUGAAUCUGAGGGAGUUCUAGGUUGGUGACAAGGUAGCCUUACAACCUCAGAGACUUGUAGCUAUUCGCCAAACAUAAAUCUUCAAAAUACCACUGGGAACAUGGAAAACAGCUGGUCCACAAUUGUGGAAAUAUUUGAUUGUUGUAAUGCUAAUAAAAAAAUUCCAUUGAUUGUUGAAGAGGGUUUAAAUUGUUUUCAUCAAGCCAAUUUUUAUUAAAUGUAAAUUGAUUCUUUUUUUAAAUGACACUCCUUUUCCAUUGUUUUACCUGUUGAGCAGUGGCGUCUCAAUUAUCAGAAGAAAACUUCCUUGUUGAAUGGAAAUAAUUUAAAAUGUAAAUCUAAAACUCAGCUGAACUUGAAACACACAAACACGUCAAAUAUAACUUUUUGUAUCUUAGUUCUCUUAAGCAAAUCUAUUGAUAUAAACUGUGAAGUCAAAUUAGACUUCACAGUUUCUUCACCUGCCUCCACAUGCACAAAAACAGUUUUCAAGAAGGUGUGAGGUUACAUUCACCGCCACCAAGGCAUCCUCACACUUUUCUGAACCACAGAAGUAAGAAAUGGUUUUAUAGUGAUAAAACAAAAGCCUGUACAAAAGCCUUCAUGUUUUUAGGUUAAGUGCUAUCUUCCCUCCUUACAAAUCCACACUCAGUGGAGGCUGUCCCUCACUUUGAGCCCACACCCACAGGAUGAAAUGAGCAGAAGAGGAAGGAGGAGUAGCCAGUCUUGGUAACUAUACAUGUGCAGUUCGGCUGCAGGCUUUCUGCAGCUCUCUGUGAGCAUGCCUGUUGAUGGGGCAGGAGAGAAGUGUAGGGGGGGGACCGUUGGAAACGGCGUCAUGUUGACAGGAAGAGGAAGUGGUGAGCUGUUUGAACUACCUGGUAAACCAUGAGACAUGCCUGUUCCUGUCUAUGUGAUCUCAACUCGAUCCAAAUGUAGAUUUACCUGUUUUCACAAAAUCUCUCACUAAAAUCUGGAGGGCGCACCUUCUGCCUCGUACUGCCUGGCACGUAUUUGACUGUUUCGAGGGAACCAAAACAUGACACAAAACGGUGCCGGACCCGGCAGCGGUACCACAAAAAAGGUAGAAGAACUUAAAAUUGUGAUUGUGGGAGAUGGAGGCUGUGGGAAAACUUCUCUUCUGAUGGUUUAUGCCAAAGGUGAUUUUCCAGAGAAAUAUGCUCCCUCAGUGUUUGAAAAGUAUGUCACAACUAUCUCCCUGGGAGGAAAAGAGAUUAAGCUCAACCUGUAUGACACAGCCGGACAAGAGGACUAUGACAGACUGAGGCCACUGUCAUACCAAGAAGCUAAUCUGGUUUUAAUCUGCUUUGAUGUGACCAACCCUACCAGCUUUGAGAAUGUUAUGAUCAAGUGGUACCCGGAGGUGAAGCACUUCUGUAGGGGCACACCAGUGAUCCUGAUUGGCUGCAAAACUGACCUCAGGAAGGAUAAAGAGUGUUCAAGGAAAUUGAAGGCCAUGAAUCUGAAUCCCAUUACGUAUGUUCAGGGAGAGGAGACUCGGCAGGAGAUGAACGCGGAGCUCUAUCUUGAGUGUUCGGCCAAACAUCAGGAGAACGUGGAGGACAUUUUCAGAGAGGCGACAAAAAGAGCUCUGGCCUUCAACCGAAAACAGAGGAACAACAAGAGGAAGAAAAAAUGUCUUAUUCUGUGAAGAUACAAACUUUCAGGAUCCCACGCUCUUGCAGGCAAUUGUUAGAGGAUCCUUUGCUUCAACGCAUUUGAACACUUGAGAUGCCAAAUAUAAUUUGCGUCCUACAGAGAUAGGAAAGUAAAAAAAAAAAAAAAAAACCUGAUAGGAUGCGCCUUUUGUGCACCCCGGAAGGCCGGUUAGUAAUCUUCAACAGCGCAACAAAAAUUGCGAUUGCUGCAGCAGGAAGGACAGUUUUGCAAGUUGUAAUGACAUUUUCUAAUGUAGCAUACAACAAGACACUUCUUGUAUAAGUUUUAUACUUUUUGUGUUUAUGUACAAGUAUUUUUUUUUCCUGAAAGUAUUUUGCACAACUGCAGAAAGUUGUCUAUACCUAUUUAUUAAUGGAGGUGAUCUGUUCUUGAGCUGAAAUUCGUAGGCAACAUAAUCCUACAUAGAAUAGUUGUUGGUUUUCAGUAUGUAAUGGUACUGUAACUUUAAAGUAGCACUGGUUGGCUACCAACAUGGCCACAUUAGGCCGGUUAGUAAUUCUUAACUUUACCAACAGCGCCCACUUGAGGCAGAAAAUAAACUAGCACAUUAAAUGUCAAGUGCCAUCAGUAUUCUAAAAUUAAAAUAAAUGCAAAUAU